GGCAAAAAUAUUUUGGUGUUUCGAUACGUACACAUACAAGUCUCUCCAGCAAAAGGAAAUUUAUAUUCGAUUGAGAAAAAAAAAGUAAAACUUAAAAUAAAAUAGAAUUUUAUUUUUUUUUGUCUCGAAAGAAAUUAUAAUUUUUAUAUUUGUUAUUAACAUUUUGUGGUGCUUUGAUAGGACAGAGGAAAAUCGAAGAAGGAAUUUUUAAGAACGCAAAAUGUACAAAACAAUCAGACAUGGUGAUAACAGUUUGCAAUAUACCAUUUUACCGCAACACGACGGUGUCGAUGGCAAACAAAUGUUUGGCAUCCAUCAUCGACAUCGUAAGCGUAGAUGACCAAUUUACGCGGUAUUGUUUAUGAUUGUUGCAUUCAUUGCGAUCGCUGGACUACUUCUAUCGAAUAAAGAUGAUGUGGUGCGAUUCAUAAACAAACACAAUAUCAAUUGGUUCGAACGCAAUCUGGUAUCACAACAAAUCAAUAAACAACACAACAAAGGCACCAUCUAUCACAGUGUCAGCGAUUCGUUGAAGGCAGCCAGUAGCAGCAGCUCCAAUAGUAACAGUAACAGCAACAGCAACAAAUUGAUUGCAUUCGGAAAUGAAGCACAUGACAAAAAUGCAAUACAUUUAAUGGAUGAUGUGAUGGUGAGCCAGACGCCAGUCAAGGUACCAAACCAGCUCGCACCUCCGCCACCACCACCACCACCACCACCAGCAGUAGCAGCAACCGUGAUAGCAAUAACAAAUCCACCGAUUGUUAGUGAAGAGAUUACCACACAAUACGCCUGGAAAAGUCUUAUCAAUAAAAUCGUUAACAGCAAUAAGAAUGAGUUAGUUGCCGUGAAUUCGGUCGGAAUUGUAGAUAAAGUGCGAUCAACGGUCGCAUCAUCACAACUAUUUAAAGUAACCACCAAUGCAACACCGACCAAAACAACCACUUUAGCACCUGUUCAACAUGAAAGUACAUUGGAGUCGGUGCGGAAUGAUAUGUUGAAAAAAAAGCCACGAAUGCAAAAUGAGGAACCAAACAAAGCAAACGAUAAAUUACCAAACACAAUCAAACCAUAUUGGUAUAUCGAUCCAUCAAUCGUUUACAGGGCGAUGACAUCACCGAUUAAUCCAUCCGAUCAUUCGGCAUCGUUCAUAUUCGCCAGUCUGUUGUUUGUCAUUUGUCUGUUCUUCUUCCUGUACUGCGUUAUGACCGACAAAUUGUGCGGUCGAUGCUGUUGCACACGCAAACGUAUCAAGAUCAAGACGGAAAAUGAAAUUCACGAGGUCAACACCACACUGCUGGCCAAUCAUGAAUACAAUAAUUCGUCCGAUGACGAUUAAUAAACUACAACACAAAUGUUAUGAAUCAACUCACACACACACACACUCAGCACACUCAUUCUCUUCGCCAGUUUUUGAUUUUAUCAUCAGCUACCAAACAGAAGGCAGAUUGAAGUGCGCGUAAUGUUAACAAGUGGUAGAUUGGAUACUGCAUCCGCUUUCUUAUAUACUCUAAGCAUUUUCAGCGUUAGGAUAUAUAUUUAAACAAAGCUAAAACAUAAAAUGAAGUUGCCGAGAUUAUCGAUGGCAUUAUUUAUUUAACCUCUCCCCAACAGAAAUUGAACCGAAAAAAAGACAAACAAAUGAACUUAACGAAUGCCUGCAAAUCAACUAUAUCAUAUUUCCGAAGCAUAUGCAGCAUUCUAUCGUUCAUUUUACAACUCUCCCCCUCCCCCCCCCAGGAAAAAAAAACAAGUAAACAAAAAAAGAAACAACUCAAUGUACAAUAAGAGUGUAUUAAACUUUUACCAAUAUUUUCGAAACAUUACAAAAAAAAUACUAUAAAAUAAAAACAACAACAAAAAACAGGCUCUGUAUAACCCAUUUACAUGUAUCUAAGACGAUGAAUUUAGAAUUGACUAUGUAAAUUGAAUAAUAAUGUGUAAGCAAAUAAACUGACUUAUUUGAA